CCCGGGAGGACCAGUCUCCGCGAGCUCACAUCAGCAGCAUACGCGCAGCCUCUCUGCAUCCCGACACCAGCCAGCGCGAGCAUCACUGCGCAGCACGGGCUCGGCACCGCGCGCUCCACCCGACCGACCGACCGAACCGACUCUCUUACGGAAAAAAGGAUUUUAUACCUGAAUUGCGAAUUGUUUCUAACGGAUUCGUUUUGCGGUGCUUCGUCGCCUCUCUAUGGACGUGGAAUAGCGGUGGUGUCUGCCGCUCCCGCUCUUCUGUCAGUUCUUCACGGUCGCAUCCUACACCGAGGCACAAAAUGGCUGAGAUCUCCGAACUACGAGCCGCCUAUGUCAUGUCCCCCGUGCUGGCGGGCUUCCUGGGCGCGGGGGUGCUGGUGGUGGUGGUGGUGGUCCUGGUGGUGCUCUGGACCUUCUGCCAGCGCCGCUACCAGCGCUCGGCCGGCCGCCACAAGCUGUACGGCGACCGCUACUGCGACCCCCCCGAGGACCCGCCCUACAAGUUCAUCCACAUGCUGAAGGGCAUCAGCAUCUACCCCGAGUCGCUCAGCAGCAGCCAGCGGAUCUUCAGGGGCGCCCCGGGGGCCCGGGUCCGCCGGGCCGACCGGGGGGGCGACGCCGAGCGGGCCGGGGGCGGCGCGGCCCGCGGCAUGGUGCUGGUCGACGCCGAGAACAACAUCCUGGACGUCCCGGGGCAGCUGCACAUGAGCCACCUGGUGCCGCCGGGCGGGGCGGCGGCGGCGGCGGGGGGCGGCGGCGUGGGGGGGGCGCGGCUGGACCGGGCGCUGCCCGUCCGGGCCGACUACUGCUGCCUGGAGAGCAGCGAGAGCGGCAGCAGCGGCAGCGAGAACGGCGGCAGCAAGACGGGCUCGCCCUUCACGCCGGCGUGGCGGCGGCGGGGGGGGGGGCCGGACGGCGAGCCGGCGCUGGGUACCAUCAGCCUGGCCGUGGACUACAACUUCCCCAAGAAGGCGCUGGUGGUCACCAUCCUGGGGGCGCGCGGGCUGCCGGCCGUGGGCGGCGGCGAGGGCGGGGCCAGCGCCGACCCCUACGUGAAGAUGACCAUCCUGCCGGAGAAGAAGCACCGCGUGAAGACCCGCGUGCUGCGCAAGACGCUGGAGCCGCAGUUCGACGAGACGUUCACCUUCUACGGCGUGGCGUACAGCUCGCUGUCGGAGCUCACGCUGCACUUCCUGGUGCUCAGCUUCGACCGCUUCGCCCGCGACGACGUCAUCGGCGAGUCGCUGGUGCCUCUGAAGGGCGUGGACCCCAGCACGGGGCGCGUGCACCUCAGCCAGCAGAUCAGCAAGAGGAGCAUGCUGUGUGAGAGCCGUGGAGAGCUGCUGGUGUCGCUGUCUUACCAGCCCGUGUCCCACCGUCUCAGCGUGGUGGUGCUGAAGGCCCGACACCUCCCCAAGAUGGACAUCACCGGCCUCUCCGCAAACCCCUACGUGAAGGUCAACGUGUUCUACGGCCGCAAGCGCAUCGGCAAGAAGAAGACGCACGUGAAGAAGUGCACGCUGAACCCGGUGUUCAACGAGUCGUUCAUCUACGACGUGCCCCCCGAGCUGCUGCCCGAGAUCUCGGUGGAGUUCCUGGUGGUCGACUUCGACCGCACCACCAAGAACGAGGUGCUGGGCCGCCUGCCGCUGGGCCUGCACAGCCCCUGCCCCUCCGGCACCUCCCACUGGACCGAGGUGUGCGAGAACCCCCGCCGGCAGAUCUCCAAGUGGCACAGCCUCAUCGACUACUGAAGAGCACCGCCUCCUCCGCCUCCUCCUCCUUCUUCUUCCGCUCGACAACGAGGAGGGGGACUGCUGGACUGAUGCUACUGAAGAGGAUCACCUCCUCCUCCGGCUUCUUCUGCUCCUCCUUCUGCUCCUCCUCCUCCUCCACCACAAGGAGGAGGAGGAGGAGCAGGUGGAGGCAGAGGAGGAGGAUGAGGAGGAUGGACUACUGAAGAGGACCUCCUCCUCCUCCUCUUCCUGGAGGAGGAGGAGGAGGAGGAGGACGGACAUCCCCACUGUUGGACUAAUGCAGUGGAAACCAUCGACCCACAGAUCUACACACACACACACAUUACAUACCUGCAUACCAACACACACACACACCCACCCACCCACACCCGAAUGAACCAAACAUGUACACAAACGGCAAACACACACCGACACACACACACACCUCUUUCAUUCUCUCGCCCGCUCUCUCUCUCUCUACGCUACAUUUACAAACUACUAUGAACAGGACGUCAUGGAAACGCACAGCCGUUUUUUCCUCGAUCCAACCGUAACCAUGAAUGCAUCUGCGACUGUUACCGUGGUGAUCAGCCUCCAGGCGAGAGCGAGUGCGUUAAAAAAGAUGAACAAAACAAAAGAACCAAGAACAAAAGAUUAAAGACCAUCUCCUCCUCUCGCUGUCGUUGUCAUGCAGCUCAUCGCAUGUUUGUACCAAGAAAAAAAAAAAACACAGUGGAAGGCGGGGCGAAAA